AUGGUUGCAAACAACACGGCAACUGUUGCAAAACAAGUGGGUUGCGUCAAAGAUGACGAUGAUCAGGGCCUGCAAACUUUGAGAUGUCUGCGCGAGAUCCCCUUCGAAGGGUUGACCAAUUUUUCGGUUGCUGCCUCUCGCAUUGCCCGUCCACCGUUUGGCGAGGGGUUUUUUUAUCCUACCAUCGACAAUGACUUCCUUCAAGAUCGCCCAUCCCAGCUGAUGCGGGCCGGAAAGUUCGCCAAAGGUAUUCCCAUAAUAGCAUCCUGGGUCACAAAUGAGGGUGCUUGGUACGUUCCCUCGUCGACGUCGACAGACGAGGAAGUCCUGGGAAGUUUCGGGCUGUGGCUAUCCAAUCUCUCCGAUGACACGAAACAAAAGCUGCUCGAGCUAUAUCCGUUGGAGGAUUUCGUCCAUUCGGUUAGAGCCGAUUACGAUGGUCCAAUCUCGCCGCAGUGGUACCGAGCCGCGCAAAUGAGCCGCGAUAUCUGGUUUACCUGCACAGCCCUCGAGUUCACAUGGCUAUAUCUCCGGUAUGGGCCCGGAAAGCCGUCACAAAUCCGAUUGUACGAGUUCAAUCAGACUUUGUACAUUCCGGUCUGGGAGGCCAUGGGCGUGCCAAUGUGGCGUGUGGCGCAUUUGAGUGAUAUACCGUACCUCUUCAAUAAUCAUCACCUAGGUGGCGGUACUGAUAACUCAGAGCCACAUAUUGCAUUGGCUCAGGAUUUCAGCAAGACGAUCAUUGAAUUCGUGAACAAUGCCAGCCCUGGAGAAAGCACCAAUGGAACUGGGUUAUGGCGGCCUGCGUACUCGACGGCUACCUCGGGACAGGAUUGGUUUGAUGAGCUUUCCAUCCAAUUGUUCGGUGGCCCUUACGGUUCAGAACUAGUCACAGUCAGCAAGGAUGGCGACAAGAACGCCAAGACUGAUGCAGAAAAAGCAGUCUAUUGGGAGAAACUGUUUGGCCGCUGUGAGUUCAUCAAUGGACAGCAGAUGAGGGCGGAGGCAGGGGUGUAA